UUGAAUUUAUUUCCAUACGUUUUUCGUUCAUCCUCGCAAUGAAACUGAAAAACCAACUCAUCCUUCAAUUCAAUAUUUCGGUUACACCGUCCAAUUCACCUCCCAGCAUUCUCCAAUUUUAUCGUCUUUCUUUGUCUUCUCAUUCAAAUUCUUUAAUCCAUUUCAGAUCCGAUACACAAAAAUCGUACAAGCAACUCUUUGAAGGAAGCAAUGCGUAGCUGGGGAUCCAGUAACCGGCUAUCUGCAGCAGCUGGCGCUCAUUCGCCUUUCACGUCUCGAGUCUCGGCACUUUUGCUAGCCAUGUUUGCAACCACCGCCACGAUUUACGUCGCCGGCCGUCUAUGGCAGGGUUCGGAGAAUAGAUUGCAUUUAGUUGAAGGGUUUGAAAGGAGAAAUAGUCAGGUUAAAUCUGCCAUGUCAGUUGACGAUACUCUGAAACUUGCAUCGUGCGGGGAGCAAAAGAAGAAGUUAGCAGCUGCUGAGAUGGAUCUAGCUGCAGCUAGGCAAGCAGGUUUUGUUUCGAAGCACUCCGCAGAGAAGGGAGACGGUCAUUCCAAGAAGAACCUAUUAGCUGUUAUUGGAAUUAUUACUACAUUUGGCCGCAAGAAAAACAGAGAUGCAAUUCGGAAGGCUUGGAUGCCUACUGGUGCAGCUCUUAAGAAGCUGGAGGAUGAAAAGGGCAUUGUUGUACGAUUUGUCAUAGGCAGAAGGUUUCUAUUUUAUAUGAUAGAAGUGCUUAUUUUUCCGUGUUUUGUGCAUUUACGUUCAGAUUAUUGCAGUGCAAAUCAUGGAGACAGUUUGGACAGGGAGAUUGACAGCGAAAAUAGGCAAACUAAUGACUUCAUUGUGCUUGAUGGAAAAGUAGAGGCAACUGAGGAAGCUCCAAAAAAGACAAAAUUAUUCUUUAUAAAUGCUGUAGAGAACUGGAAUGCUGAAUUUUAUGUUAAGAUCAAUGAUGACGUUUUUGUUAAUAUUGAUGCUCUGGGAGCUACACUUUCUACUCAUUUGGAUAAGCCUCGAGUAUAUAUUGGCUGUAUGAAAUCAGGCGAAGUUUUCUCUGAGCCGAACCACAAAUGGUAUGAACCGGACUGGUGGAAAUUCGGCGACGGAAAAUCAUACUUCCGACAUGCCUCGGGUGAAAUCUAUGCCAUUUCACGAGCUUUGGCUCAGUUUAUUUCAAUUAACAGGUCUAUUCUUAGAACAUAUGCACAUGAUGAUGUCAGUACCGGAUCAUGGUUCAUUGGACUUGCUGCAAAGUUCAUUAAUGAAGGGAAUUUUUGCUGCUCCUCGUGGUCACCAGGAGCAUUAUGUGCAGCUGUGUGAUUAGAGUUGCCUCAGAGAUUGCCAUUCAACAUUAAUUCGUUAGAAGAAAUCAUACAACAAUACGAUAAGGGAUGUCGCUCUUUUUUCUUUUUUUUUUUUUUUUUUCUGCAAUAUCUAUAAUUUCCUAGUGCUUGUGGGCAUGCCCACAUAAAGAUUCAUGUAGUUUAUCGAAGAUGAGUUCAUGGUGGUAUCUCAAACGGGUGGUGUGGUUGAUUUAUGAUCAAUCCCUGCCUCUAAAAAGCCAAUCAAGGUUAGAAAAUAGCAGUUGGAUGGGAGCAGUUUACGCUUCUACCUAAAGAAGAUUUUUGGAGACUUUUGGCAGCCACUAUAUGUCCCAAGUUUAAUUGUUAUCGGAGUUUUCAUUGAUAGAAUUUAUUCUUCUGUUCUGGAAAUACGACCUUGGUGAUGGUCGUCUACAUGAAAUUAUAAAACACUUACUACCAAUUUAAAAUAAAUUAUCAACAAAAUU